CUCCUAUAAAACCCACAGUUAAGGGUAAAGGGAUUUUACAGGAGGAGGAGUCCGUUGCAUCACUAAAAGAGGCAUCCGCUCGAGAGUCACAACAAGUGACGCAGCAAGUUCGUACCGUACCACCCACUGGUCCUCCGAAGCCAGCGGGAAAAAAAGGCGGUGCUUUUGUGCCUCGGUACCGGUCGACGCUCGCAACAAUGGUUGAUAUGUCCGAUUUGACGGAUGGUGCUGCACGUGAAAUCGUUAUGGAUGAGAGUGUCUUCGGUAUUGAAUUCAAGUCACUUAUUACACUUGAUGACUUGGAGGAGAUUUUUAAGCAUGAUCAACUAGGCGUCAAUAACAUGCACUCAUACAUUCGGUUGUUGUAUGACAGAGUGUUGCGCGGGACUCCGUUGUCUAACAGAUUCCGUUUCGUGUCUUCCGCCCACUGCAGCGGAAUGGCAAUUGAUUCGGAACCGGAAUCAGUUAGACAGUGCUUAGUAGAUAGAUUCAUGUCCACCGGCAAUACAGAAUGUCUGCAUCUUUGGGCGUAUAAUACUCGACCAGUAGGAGCACACUGGUUGCUGCUUGCUAUCAACCCUAUAAGGGAAGUCGUGUAUUAUCUGAAUUCGGUAAAUGGUGAAUGGACCAAUUAUCCGGCCAUGAAGGACAUCGUUGAUUUAUCAAUACAAGUGUUCCGAAGUCAACGGGACGCACAGGUAUCCCGAACUAAAUCUAGCAACAUUACUUGGAUCCAAAAUAGAAUCUUCAAGAUUGAACUCAAUGUGAUGGAGCACGAGUUCCUUGCAACAGCAGCUAGCAAAGGUGAAUGUAUAUGGCAUUAUCGACUAGGCCAACUUAACUUCUAUGACAUCAGAGAGUUGAAAAGAAGAAAUAUGGUUUCAGGGUUACGAGAGAUCGAAAUUCCAAGAGAAGUGUGUGAGGAAUGUGUGAAGGCGAAGCAUUACAAGAACAUCUUCAACAAGGAUGCAGGAAGUAAGUCGAAGGCAAUCCUUGAAGUCAUAUACUCUAAUGUAUGUGGUCCAAUCCAGGUGGAUUCAAAUGGAGGUAACAAAUAUUUUGUUGCAUUCAUAGAUGAUUUAAGUUGA